UCUCAAUGUAAUAUUUGUCUAUCAAAUGAGCUGACAUGAUCAUGAUUUCAAUAAAAAUGGUAAAAAAUUGAAAUUAUUGAUAUCAGCUUGUCCUCAAACCGCUCUUUAGUUACACCAAAUCAAGAUAUGCUACUAACACAAACGGUAAAUUAACUACUGUUUUAUUCUUUUGAGGCGUGUAUUAAAUUUUCAUUUAAUUUCCAGAUUUAGAUGCUCAUUUGUGUCUAUUUGAAUUCUAUUUUGUAUUUAUUUCUCCACAAAUAAUGUUCAAUUUCGUGUAAACUUAUUUUAAUAUUUUUAACUUGAAUUAAUAUUGUUACUUUGAUAGCUUUCAAAUACUUGUUAGACAAAAAAAACAAGUGAUCUUAAAAUGAAAAUUUUAGUGUUAUUUUUGAUAUUGUGUUCAUCUUUUAAUAAAUUAAACUGUACAGCUUCGCUUAUCAAUCUGCCUUUACGAGUCUCAGAUGAAAAUGUGAUUCUUCAUGCAACUCUGGUUGAUAAGGUAUCCAGUAAAUCAUGGUUCAUAAAAGAGUAUUUAUCAGCUGCCUACUCAAUACAUGGAAAGAUCGAAAUCAAUUCCGAUGAUUACUCGUACACCAUUUUUUACAACAAGAAACAUGACAAUAAGAGAUUAGUUAUUUAUGACAACGAAUGUGCAGAGUACACAUAUGAUGGUUAUGAACAUUGGGAUAAAAUGUUACCUGGAGUUACCAGCUCUUUGACAAACAUGAUUUUGCUCCUUGGACCUUCAAUUGUGUAUCGACUUCAAAGUGAUGUUCAUAGCUACAUAAAAGGCCCAACAAUGAAAAUCAGGGGAGUUGAUAUGGAAAGCCUUUCAAGGGAAAUUUCACCUAAAUUAAAAAUCACAAUCUAUCAUAAAUUGAAUCAAGAAUCUGAAGAAGGCUUACUCGAGCCUAGCCGGAUUGAAUUCAAUGAUUACAACCUGCAUUUAGAUAUACUCUUACAAACCAUUUCAGAUGAUAACCAUCAUAUAAAAACUCAGGUAACUCCGGGUGUUGGAUGUCCAUUUUACAUGGAGAUAAAUAAAGCUUUCCCCAAAUUGGAUACACAUCGGAUGCACAUGAUAAUCAAUGAAAGAGUUACAGAGUCAACUAAUUCAACAAUGACAAAUUCAGAGAUUUACGUUGAUGACUUGGUAAAGAUUGUUCGAAUGACUAAAUAUGACGGUCAAAACUACAUAACCCUUCUCUAUGAUUACAAUAUUGGUGUAUCAUACAGUUCAACCGACAAUAAAACCUGUCAAUUGAAAGAGAUUGAUUUGCAUGCUCCUGGAUUGGACAAUAAAAAUCAACUUGAUCUACUUCAAAUUUUCGAUAUGAACAAACCAGUUCGAUAUCUUGGAGAACUAGACUAUAACCUGCAAUCAGGACGUUUAGCUAGUGCAUGGGAAUCAGUUGAAUAUAAUAUUACGUACCGAAAUAAACAGUACGAUAAACUGGUAGUGACAAUUUACAUGGGAAAAUCGAUUGAUUUUACAGGAUUUGUGCUUGAUGAUCAAAAUUAUAUACCAUUAUCAGUGUCAGUAAAAGGGUAUCUGAAAGAUUCAAAGAAUCUAUACAAUUUAGAAACUAACAUUAACCGGGAAAUUCACAUUUACCAAAAUGAUUUCGUGGAAGCUGAUGCUCGUCAGAUUUUACAAUUGAAGGAAUGUUAUUCGGCGGAAACAUUGGAUCUAACUUUUCAGCUUAUUAGUAUUGAUGUCAAGGGAUUUCAGCACGUGGAAGAUUAUGUUGAAAAGAUCAAAGACCAUUUGUUGGAUGAAAUUACGAAAAAUGGCAAUAUAUCGCCACUUCGUAUUGAAAAUGUUGAUUUGGAGGCUAAGUUGGAUCAGAUUUUGGUAACGGUUACAUUUUCCGAAGCACCUAAAGUUGACGAUAUUUUUGAAGUCAACAUUAGACGAUUGGAUAUCAGUAAAAUUACCGCUACAGCUGUUACAGUCGCAACUUUAGAAAAAUGUGUACAAAUUCAAUCACUGCUAAACGAAAAUAUCAGAACGGUUAUCUAUUGUGACCACAAAAAGGAUAUUAUAUGUGAAAGUUAUUCGGAUGCCGACCAUUUAAUUGAUGACCAUCAAUCUGGAGCUUUGUGUCUCACAAUAGAGUCACAAAUGGGAAAAUUGCGUCAAUUAGGACAACAAAUAAGUUUAGAUUCAAUCCACGAUUAUUUAUUACAUUCGACAGUUGGUUCAAUUCUAACAAUUCCCUGUGAAAACUGUUACCAUGAAAAAUAUGCACACUACAAAGUUAAUGAUAUUGUGGAUUCUUCAUCCUCAUUGAAAACUUCUUAUAAAAGCGAGAAGCAGUUUAAAGGUCCAUAUUUGAAUAGGAUAUUAUCAAUUGAUAGUGAUAAUGCAUUGUUGGCUAGAAAUGUUAAAAAUUUUGGAGAUUGCUAUCGAUCCUGUACUUCGGAAUACAAUUCACAAUGCUCUUCAUUUUCAUAUUGCCAAACUGCUAAUCAAGUAAAAUGUAUUUUAUCCAGUGAAGGUUACAAAGACGCUAAAUUUGACUCAGAAGCAUCCUGUAAUACGUAUUAUGCCAAAUAUGAGACCAAAUAUCAUCAAAUUAAGUCAAAAAGAUUUAAAAAUAUCAAAAGUCAUCCGAUUUCUUUGACCAAAAAUGAUGAUUGUGCUAAAUCUUGCAUUGAAAAUGGAUUGGAAUGCUAUUCUUACCAAUUCUGUGAGACCCAAGGAUUGUGUUAUUUUUCGAGUUAUUACUCGCAACAAUUGACUGAAAGCUCAAACGAAUGUGACAUUUAUAUUCCGAAAAAAAUACACAAUUAUCAACUUAGUGGACCAACUGUAAUAAUGAAUACAAAUCACAUUGAACUAGACUUGAACAUUGAUCAGUGUGCAUCAUUAUGCUCAGGAUGGGAAAAUAAUGGCAAUGAAAGAUGUAAAUCGUUCAAUUUUUGUCCUAAAUCAAAGUCUUCAGCCUCUUCAUGCUUUUUAUCAGCAUACACUGUUCAUGAUGAAAAUGUUCAAACCACCAAUUCCAGUAACUGUCGAAAUUAUAAAUUGAUAUCUGAACAAUCAAUUAAUGGCGAGUCUCAUACAAGUUUGCGAAAACACAAUAGCAGUAGUGUCAAAAUCGCAAGUUUAGCGUUUUUCUUUGCAUUUGUUGGACUUGUGCUCGGUUUGGUCUCACCAUUAAUUGUUGGCCAAGUAAAGUCGUUUAUUUAUUUGAACAAAAAACGAGAUUUUUCCUGGGAUCGUCAAGUCGACGAGUUAGACGAAACAGGCGAGACUACUAUCUGAUCAUAAAAAUUUAAUUUAAUUUCUAUUCCUAAAUUGAAUUCUGUUCUACUGUGAUAAUGAAACGGUUUCCAAAACAAGCUUAUAGUUAUGUUAGCGCCUUAUAAGGCAACACUUUUAUACACUUAAUUAGAUUGUUUAGAUGUCCAAAGUUUUCAACAUGAUUGAGUAUAUUGUAUAAUGAUUAACUUAUGUCUAUUUAAUAAACGGUUAUCCAAUGAUUAUUAAAUAA